CUGAAAUAUUUCAUACAUAUUGUUUUUGUGUUUAUUGUUGAAGCUAUGUUUGUUUUAACUAAAGAUGACGAAAAGUUUGUUUUGUUGCCUGUCAAAAGUGUAUAUACCGUAGGUCGCCUGGGCACGGAUUUGAUUGUGACGCAGGAUCUUAGUAUAAGUCGCAAUCAUGUGGAGUUACACCUGCCGGAGUCAUAUGGGGAUGACACUCUGCAAAUUAAGGACCUGGGCUCCAGAUUUGGGACCUUUAUUUUCCGAGGGACUUCUCAGAAGCCCCGACAAGUCCUUGCUAGGACCCUCACGCCAGUGCCUGUGGGAAUUCGUAUUCGUUUUGGCGGAAACAUGAGCAUUUGGCAGGUGACUCGACUCAACUUGGUGACCGCCGUCUCCGCUUUAACCCGACCUGAGAUCAAGGAGCUGACGGAGAUGCUCGAGCCCAUGGGUGGAACUGUAAGUCCUAGCUGGACGCAGGAAUGCUCCCAUCUUACCAUGAACGAAGUCUCAGUGACCGUGAAAUUACUUCACGCCCUACUUGAAAACAAACCCAUUGUUACCUUUGCCUACUGGAGAAAAAUGCUCCACUCAGCGCAGACCAUCCAUGUCAAGGAGGGAUGGCCGCAGCCAGAGGAUUACCAGCCCACGAAUAUGGAUGUCACCUGGCGACCCGAACGCACCCGUUUAUUCUCCGGCAAGACGUUCGUAUUCAUGAAUCACAAACACUUCGAAAUGUACGGAUCAGUGGUUCAGAAAGCCGGUGCAUCCUGCAAGAACCUUAAUUCGGGUGUGCGCAAGACAUUCCUAACAAAAAGUGAUGUGAUAGUCAUACAGUAUGUUCCUUCAACCCAAUCGCAGGCAUCUGAAUCCAUCAACAGUAUACAAGAUAUUCUGGAGCAGAGCGGUCGACGUGUAAUCCAGGAUUACGAGAUUGGCAUGGCCCUACUGCAUUGCUCUAUCAAGGAGUUCUGCAACCCAGAACACAAGUUCAUCAACGAUUCAAUGCCCACCACGGAGUCUAUGACUUCCUCAAUGGCUUUGAACUCUUCAAUCAUUGUGCCCAACACGGAACGUAAUACAGCUCAAUCCACUGGCUCAGCCAUCUCAGAGCUAGUGGUGCCGGAGUCGGACGCAUGUGAUAUGGAACAAAAGUCUUCCAAACCCGAUUCGGAACCUAUAACAUCUUUAAGAUCUUUGCGUAAGCGGAGUCAUGCCAUUAUUCUCGACUCAGAUGAGGAGCAGGAAGCAGCCUCAUCAAAGCGCGCCAAGCCACCUCUCCCCGAGAAACCAAAAAUAACCGCCAAGAAGACUAUACUAGUGGAUUCUUCUGAUGAAGAGGAAACUGUACAACCACCACCUCCUGUUCCAGCUCCAAAUAAACAUAUUACAAAAAGGGGCAAGCCCAUUUAUUGUGCAGACUCUUCGGAUGAGGAGAAUACAAAUUCCAAAAAGCAAAAAGGAGCGCAAACUGCUGUGGCUGAUAAGAGUGCAGUGGUCAAAAAGAAACCAGAGGCGCCAGUAUUCACCAGGACAUCACCUCGCCUCAAUUCCAAAUCAUCGGAAAAGCAACCGACGGGAUCGAAACGUCCUGUUCUAUUAGUGGCCUCGGAUGAUAAAGACUCUUCGGAUGAGGAGAUUACAAAUUCCAAAAAGCAAAAAGAAGCACAAGGUUCUAUGGCUGACAAUUGUGCAGUGGUCAAAAAGAAACCAGAAGCGUCAGUUCUCACCAGGACAUCACCACGCCUCAAUUCCAAAUCAUCGGCUACCAAUAUUACAAACCAACAGCCGAAAAAGCAAUCGACGGGAUCGAAACGUCCUGUUCUAUUAGUGGCCUCUGAUGAUGAAGAGGAUGAUAGAGAACUAUUUUCAUUUCGAACAGCUCCCCAGAAGCCCGAAGCGACAGUUGCUCAGCCAAAGUCAGCGGUCAAGGGUCAACCGACUGGCAAAAUCAGUGUGCUCAACUUUCUAGAGAAGUCACAGCCACAAGAGGCGGCCUCGGUGCCUGCCCAGUUGAAUUCUCAAUCCCAAACACAACCUCGCAAGCGAUUGCGACUAGAACUCUUAAACGAAAGCGACAGCGAUGACUGCGACAAUCUCUUUAACUUUGCGGACAGCAAAAAGAAAAAGAAGAAACAAGACGAGCAGACCCAUGAAGAUUCAACGGAUAGCUUGUUUAAUAUAAACUCGGAAAGGCCAAGCGUUGCCGUUGACCAGGACUCCCUGCUGACCGAGCCCUUCGAGGUCGAUGUGGAAACAAAGAAAAAAUCCAAGUAUAUUGUAUGGCAACGCAAGGAGCUUCCCAGAAAAGUGGAUACAAGUGGUUGGUUAUCGUGCAGCAGGCUGCAUGAUGAUAUCAAAUCCGAGCUGGAAACAGAUCCAGAAGUUUCACUAGAAAAAUCUAUUAAGACGGAUCCCGACGAAGAGAAGUGGCUUACCGCCAUGAAAGACAGUAUCGAGGUGCGCAUGUGCAACCUAAAUAUUAUCAAUCGCUCUCAAGAUGAAGUGGAUGCUUCUCUUGAGGCUUCUGUUAGCAAGUACAGCGGCCGCAAGAACUUUAAGAAGUUUGUCAAGACGAACAAUCCCCAUCCGCAACGGCGUGUUGUGGCUCUAAAGAGUAUGCAGCUGGCUGAUGGCAUGGUGACCUGUGUUUAGUUAUCUUUUGUUUUGUCUAAAUUUACUUUAUUUUAGAUACAAUAAACUUGCGAAAUAUGCUUAA